AUGCCCCUAGCGGAUCGCUUUCUUAAUGUGGCACUCUCGUCUGGCAUGCUCACGACAGGGUCCAUUAAUACCAUCUCAAAGAAGUUAUUGUAUCAAAGCACAGGCAUAGGUAUCGACGGGUCAACGGAACUGUUCGUCAAGCCGUGGUUUCAGACGUCUUCCAUGUUUGCUGGGGAGUGCAUGUCGCUACUUGCAUAUUAUAUAGUUCAGUGCGCACGGAAAAGAGGCCCUACGGGCAAGAUAUACAUGGAUCCGACGAACGGGAUUGGAUAUCACCGCCUCUUGCCCAGAAUUAUGGCCCUAGCUCUAUGUGAUCUUUGUGCCACCACAUUGACUGGGAUUGCCUUAGUAUAUUGUUCCGCCUCGAUAACUCAGAUUCUGCGCGGGUUUGUCAUGGUCUUCGUGCUACUCUUUUCAUAUCUAUUCCUCAAGCGAAAGCCGACCAAAUGGCAGGUGGUUGGUGUUGUUUUUAGUGUAAUUGGUUUGCUAUUCGUAGGACUUUCGGCCCUCUUAGGUGAUCUCGAAAGUGGUAGCACACUGAGUAUGCUGCUGGGAAUUGGCCUUGCUCUUUCGGCUCAGGUCAUCUCCGCUAUCCAGUUCGUCCUCGAAGAAAAGUUUGUUAAAGGGAAGGACCUUUCGCCCCUUGUCCUGAUAGGCUGGGAAGGUGUAUUUGGUUUGUUCUUAACCGUGGGUGUAGCGUUUCCAAUUGCCUGGGCCAUUCCAGGCGAUGAUCACGGAAGCUACGAAAAUUAUCUUAAUUCGUUUUACAUGCUGCGGAAUAAUGUGCAGCUCAUCGCCCUUGUUCUUCUUAACUUCAUCUCUAUCUCAUUCUUUAACUUCUUCUCAAUAACCAUGAGCAAGAAGCUAUCUGCCACACACAGAACUUUAAUUGAUGCAAUGCGUACAUCCAUCGUUUGGAUCUGCAUGGUAGUUGUUUACUAUUGUACAUAUAAGUCCAGCAAUGUCUAUGGGGAGCCACUGAAUGUUUAUAGCAUUUUCGAGCUCUUAGGUUUUGGCUUUAUGAUCCUCGGCACGGUGACACACAACGAUGUCAAGGGAUUUGGAAGGAAAGUUGUUUGUCAUCGCGAGCUUAUGGUCCCAGAAGAAAAGGAAAAAGUUGCUCGGAAUGACUCGAGAGUCUCAUCCGAUGACUUGUAG